AUGUCUUCCAUUAUGGCCCCCGCCACAUCCAAUGUUUCGGGAGUGGCAGCGGAUAACGUCUCUAUCCAUGAACCAAGGCGAUCCAACCCUGACGAAAUUAGUGACGGUUCCUUGAUCAGCAAACUUGAAGAUGACGUGGCAAAGUUGAAAGAAAUUGUCGAGUCAGCUGGUAUCACCGUCAAUGCUCUCGAACUGAUUACAACCAAAUUAGAUAACGACUACACUACAGUUAGUGGCGAUAUCAAUUCAAUCAAAGUGGUUAAAGAAGAAUGUGAUGGCAAAGUUGAUGGAGUCAUCACAAAAGUGAGAACGGUCGGUGAAACUGUUGCUAAAUCGAACGAAAGUGUCGAUACUCUCACUAUCAAGUUUGAUCCGCUAUUCGACAAAGUUGGUGCACUCAAAAGUGAUAUAGUGACGACGCAAAAUAACUUGGUGCUGCUUUUGCAACAACUCAACAUUGAAGUUCCCCCCGAUACCUUCAAGGAUGAAACACGAACGACACCUAUUACGCCGGAAGGGGAGCAGUUAAAACAUCACCGGCGGCCUCGUACCGAUUACAAAGAACGACAUAAGUGGGGUGCGGCUUUUGUAAAUGCAGUGAAGUCUGGUUGCGUGUCUGAGAGAGAAGUGGAGCUAAGGAUAGCCAUUUGGGAUACAAUUAAUGAAAGCAAGCCGCAACGGACUACAGGCAACGCCCCUGAAUGGGCUGCUUGGUUUACUGCGUAUAAGGAUCUUCUAAUUGGAUAUGAAGACAAUGCCAAAGAGUAUAAUGUGUGCUGGUACUGUCUCAAGAGGGCUAUUCCUGCUCAAUAUAUGAUUACUCGACCACAAAGCGAAAUGAUCUACGACCAGGUUAUCGCUUUGGAGAAACAUCUCAACGAAUACGACGAGCAUUUACAACAGCGGAAGGAGACGUAUUACAAGAUUGGAAGAUCAACUUUCCGCAGCCGUAAGAAGUUGGAUAAAACUGAAAUGCACAUCAGAAAACUAUUCAAAAGAUACGGACGUCGCGACACGGAGUUUCUCUACAAGCAGUUGAUGAGGAUGUGCUCGGAUACAGAUGCUAUAGAUGACAAUGUUUAUGUCAGCAAUAAACUCAGGAAGAAGGUUGCGCUAUUACAAGACGCGGAGGAUGGUGACUUAGAUGACGUUGUUUCGCUAGCAGAGAUCAAUAUUUUGUCUAUGUUUGCUAUGUUCAGACAACAACUCAGCUAUCUAUUGGACGAAAAAUCCUAA